GAUAUGAAAUUCUCUGAUCUGGGUCACUACCAUGCGGGGCCACAAGAUCUUCAAAAAGUCGACUUGUAGAUACGUGUCUUUCAGAUCUUGUCUCGAAAAAUGAAGUUUGCAGCUGUUCUUAUCAUUGUGGCCUUUGCUGUUGCUCAUUCGGUAGCAGAGAAACAGUUUGCUCAGAAGCUCUGCCGGACGGAGGAGGAUUGCGAUUGGGACCAAUGCUGCAUCGAUGCUCAAACCAGAAUACCCGGAUUUCAUGGAAUAUGCGAUAAUCCAACUCGAAAAGGAGCUGUAUGUAAUCCAGAUCCAAAUGACCGAACUGAAGAGGGCCGUUAUAGAAAGGCAUGUCCCUGCAAAGAAGGUUUGAGCUGUAAACCACAACAGGAGGAAAUAGGAGGAAGAAUACAAAGCAUUUACGUUUGUCAAGCUUGAGAAAUUGACAUUUUUGAUCAAUAUAUAAUCAAUCUUAAGAUAAAUACAAUUGCUCUUGACAGAUGUUAAGCCCGAAAGAAAUUUGUUUCGAAGCUACAAAUGAAAAUAUAAUUUAAAAACCUUUGAAGUGUAAUUUUUGAAAUAAAAUUGUAAACAGAAGGAGAAUAAUAAUGAAACUCUUAAUAUGAAUGAUAUAUAUGUAUAAAUGUAUAAAAUAGUGUACAAUAAAAUUUGCUUGAUUGUUAUUCUUA